AUGGUCAAGGCGGAUGUAACUCGCGACUACUACGCCGACUUAGAAAUCCCUUCGAAUGCCUCCGAAGAGAGAAUCAAAAAAGCUUUCAGACACUUAGCGAAACUAUACCACCCAGACCGCAAUCCUGGUAGAGAAGUUGACGUUGUUCCCAAGUUUCAGGCAGUGCAGGCUGCUCAUGAGAUUCUGAGUGAUCCGGAACAGAAGCGAAAGUACGAUCAAGAUCGAGCAAAACACAAAAGCAGUACCCCGAUCAUACCACGACGCGGUCCUGUACCACCUGCUCCAUCUCCGUUUCCUCCACCUCCUCGGAGAGCAGCAUCAACUGCAACAAAUCAAAACCCUUUCGCAGGUAAUGGCAAUCACCCCCGGCCUAGACACCAUCCACCUCCUAUAAAUCCCGAGAAGUAUGCACCAUACGCCAGAGCAGGAGCACAACAAUGGGAGAAGACGAAAGAAGAGGCUCAGAGCAAAGCAGAUGCCUUCAGAGGAUUUCAGCAGAUGAAACCUGGUCAGAGCCCAACAGGUGAACGAUUCGCGCCUCCGCCACCCCCACGGCCGUCACACUAUACGACCGCUGAGCGACCCACAAGCCAUGCACCAAACACCCCACCACGACCACAGAGAAGCUGGGACGACUUUAAGAAUGCGGGCCGCUCCACUUCUGGAACAGAACCUUUGCCGGGGUUUCCGGGUCUGUCACGAACUCAAAGCACACGAACGAGGCCAGGCUUCACACCAAUGACCCCUGGUGGAGAUGAACCGCCAGCUCCCAGAAGCUCCGCGUACGCAACAUACUCGCGCGGAGAACGGUCACAAGCGUCGACCUCUUACUCUUAUUUUCCAGAAGGCGUGGCCCAUUCCUCACCUCAGAUGACCCCUCUGCGACCAGGUAAAAGCCCUUUGAGACAUGUCAGGUCUUCUCCCGACGUCGAGGAAGGUAGAGAGCCUCAGAGGCCGGGUCUUGAGCGCAUUUCGACUCGUUACGCUGGAAUUGGUGGGGAGAGGACCGACGUCACUAACGGAGGCAUUGGUCAUAGAUCUUCCAGCGCGCGGAAUUCACCCAUUGACCAUAAGUGGCAUGAAAGCGAACGGAAUGGUCUGCAUUCUCCAUUUUCGCGGGAUAACCCAGUCAGGUAUCGCAGUAGCAGCCCGAAGUCGAGACCAACACCAGUACUCGACAGCUCCUCAUCUAGUUCUGGGACUAGUAGUGACGAAGAUGUAGACGAGCAGAGAUGGUCAGCCCGGGCCAGAGCGACACCUCGGCAGAUGCGUUCGAAGCCAGCUUCAUCCGAUUUUGGUGGUAGAACUGCAGCUGAUGGCCCAGCAUCCAGCAGUCUAUAUCCUGGAACAAAAUAUGUCAAGCCACCUACUCCGCGGGAUGCAGAUGGUGGCCAACAUCAGUAUCGACCACCUCCGCCUCCGCCUCCGCCUCCUCCUCGAAAUCAGCAUACGUCGCAAGCAGCGUCUAAUUAUGUUCCUGGCUACCUUGGCACGCGUGCAACGGCACAGCAGCCCAUGUCCGGUGCAGGAAAUGAAUAUGCAGGGCCAGGAGCGUCUGGCAAUGGACCCAAUAUGUAUGCCCCCUUUCAUUCUUAUCCCCACGAGUGGUCGAAGAGUUUUCGAGUAUCCCCUUCGAGACCUAGUAAAAGUGUGCCAUCACUGAACGGAUUUCCUUCUUGGGCAGUGCCUUCCAGCGUGCUCCCCCGGAAAGACACGCCAAAGAAGCACACCCUAGAUACAAUCCGAGAAGAGAAGCGUGACCGGAUUGAAAUUUGGCGAUCCGAUACACUCCGCUCCACUUUCGUGGAGCCAUCUCGCAAGCAUGCAAGAUUUGCUGACUCCACGUUAUCCGACAGCUCUCCGCCCGACGUAGACACGACCAAUUUGCGAAAAGAGCCUAGCUUCCAAAGCGCCAGCCGGGAAAAUGUGAGCGUAAAAUUCUCCGCUUCCGAGUGGAAUGACAAGUUAGCAGGAGUGGAGGACCUCUUUCGACCAACCUCGUCGGAGAUCCAUGCGAAAAGAUCGCCCGUACGACCUGCAAGAUCGAGAGCGAAAUCUCACAGCAAAAGUCAGACGUCUCCAAUCAAAGAAUCGUCGAAAGAGUUCUUCGCUGGUAUCAAUGGCGGUACCCGGGACCAUAGCACAGCUUCUGCAGCAUUUGUUCCUGGCAAAUUUGCCGAUGAUUGGGCAGAAAAGCUCAGGUAUCAAGCGACAGCUACUUCAGGUGAAGACGACCGAGCGACGGCUCUCAAACGCAGCUUCAAAGUGCCUGCAUCAAAACUUCAGCAGACGCAUCCGAGGGCUGAACCUUCUGCAGUGGAGAACCGAGCUUCUGUUUCUCCUGAAGCUGGUGUUGCCGAAUCUGAGCAAAAAGCCAACGAAAACAUCGAUCCUAUGGACAUCGACGAUUCCCUUCCGAGCAACGUAGCUUCGAGUCCCUCUGAGGUGGCCGAGGCUGCUGCUCGCCUGCCCCCCACUCCGAAGGAGAAGGAACACGCCUCAGCGGCUGAAACUCCGGGCGUGCAUCCCUCCCACACCGCUGCUGCCGAUGUGAAUCUCAACGACCUUUCGAAUGUAGCGCCCUUGAAACCCUCGGAUACUGGACUUGGUGACCUCAAGGACUUGAACACCACAUUACCUUUCGAGUCCAAAGCAUCUCCUGCAAGGCCAUCUCAGACUGUGGUCAAAGGAGUUGCCUUCUCCUCGCUUAAAGCUCUCAACCUACCUAAACCACCCAAAAAUGUCAUUCCACCUCUGGAAAACGUGACACAGGAAGCCUGGGCACGCUACAUCUUAGAGAUGUCGGCUUAUAUGCAUGAGUGGAGUAUCUUCAACAAGAAGAUGCUUGACCACUUCCAGGCACGACAGGCUCAGUUGGAUAUGACACUGACGUCGAAUUGGAUGAGCGCUUUGGGUGAUGGACCCAGUGGUGAGGAGAUCAGCCGAAAGAUCCAAGACGAUCCAAGCAGCAGCGGUCAACAGAAAGCAGGCUACGCUGCCUACAGGCAAUGGAUGGAGGAGGAUAUGAGAGUGCGGGAAUGGUGGAACGUGGCUUGUGACCGACAUCAGCAGGCUGUCAUCGACUUGGGGCGUGUCCGAGAAUUGGCCAAACCCCUAAGUCGUCACUAG